AUGGAAAGUGAUCAAGAAAGAUACCCAACAUCUGGCCACCACACCACACAGCAUACACAUGCAAAAGGGUGCAGAUCAUUACAGGAGAUCUCUGGUCUUCAAGUUGUAGGCAAGGGUGUUUAUAAGAAAUUAGAGUGGCCAGGGUCUGUACCAAAAGAUGGCAGAGGCUGGGUACAAGUCAAUGUUGUUCUCGGUAACAUUUGCCAGUCACCCAUUGCAGAAGCAGUGUUCAGAAAAUUGGCAACUGAUGGAAAUGUUUCAGUUAAUUGGAGGAUAGACAGUGCAGCUUUAUCCACCUAUGAAGUAGGGAACCUCCCUGGCUUUCACGGGCAGAGCUGUAUGAGAAAACAUGGCAUCCCCAUGAAUCACAUUGCAUGGCAGAUUACAAGAGAAGACUUUGCAACGUUCGAUUAUAUACUGUGUAUGGAUGAAAGAAAUCUGAGAGAUCUGAAUAGAAAAAGUAAUCAAGUUAAAAACUGCAGAGCUAAAAUUGAGCCACUUGGGAGCUAUGAUCCACAGAAACAUCUCAUUAGUAAAGAUCCCUAUUAUGGCAAUGACUCUGACUUCGAACUGGGGGACCAGCAAUGUCUCAGGUGCCACAAGGCCUUCUUGGAGAAGACUCACUAG